GAAUUCUCUGGUCCGCUACGCUCAGCACGUAUACGUUGCCGUUGCCUAGGUAACCGGAGAACGCUGAAGUUCUGCAAGCCUAGGCGAUUGAAAAAGAAGCAAACGCGCUGAACUCACACUGAACGGUGGGCGACCGGUUUAGAGGGAACUUGGUGUUUUCAGAUUUUCAGUUGACUACAACAUAUUCAGCGUCGCAACACCCGUCUGUAACUGUACUACUACUACUCAGUCAAAUCAUUGAAGGUCUUCACAGUCUCCUAUUCCUUUCUGUCCUGUGUGAAGAAAUGGCACAAGCACGGAUAUCUUCUUUUUUACCGCCUAACAUUGACCCCACAAAAGCCCCAGUUGCCUUUGGAGAAAGAGCUCUACCAAAACUGAAUGAGGAACUACAGGACUCAGAGCUAAUCACUCGCCAGAGAGCUUUGAUGGCUCUUUGUGACCUUGUACAUGACCCUGAGAAUGUCUACCAGGCAGUGCACUUGGGUUUCUUGGAAAGUCUGAAAUUGUUGCUGCAUGACCAAGACAGCACUGUCCGACAGAAAGCAACUGAGGUGUUUUACAUCAUUGCAGGUCACAGUGUAGGGCGGCAAGGAAUCCUGAAGAGUGAAGUUAUCCCUGCUAUAGCCAAGCUUCUGGAUGACCCUGUUGUUAUAUGCAGAAAGAAUAUGCAUAAAAUGUUUGAGAUGGUGUCUGAGCUCCCUGCAGGAGCUGCCGCCCUGGUGAAUGCAAAUCUUGUUUCACAGUUGGUUCAAAAAUUAGAAUGUGAGCUGGAAGAUAUUCAGAUGGUAAUCCUGGAAACCCUUCACUUCAUACUUCAAACUGAUGCUUUGCAAGCACUUAGUGCAGGAGCUGUGGGCACCCUAAAAGGGAAGUUAAGCCACCCUUCAGCAGGUAUCAGGAGGAUGGCAGCCAGUGCACUUAUGGGAAUCUGUGUACCCCUAGAAGGAAAGGAGACAGUGUGCCAGGAAGAAGUGGUCCCUCUGCUUGUGCAUCUUCUGCAGGACAGUGAUAAUGAAGUCAGAGCCAAUGCUGCUGGGGCCUUGAUGAAUAUCACCAUCACCACACAAGGGAAAUAUGCAGCUAUUAAAUCUGGUGCUGUCCCAAAAUUACUAUCAUUGGUGUCAGAUAAGUAUAGCCGAGUACGACUGAACACCUUGAAAGCAUUGACUACCCUGUCUGAGGCUCCAGAGGGCCGCAAGAUGCUGCUUGCUGAUGUGAGUGUAAUCCAAAAAUGCCUAGAUGACCAGAGUGAUGCAGUGAGAAGAGCAGCUGCUAUUGCAGUACGAGUCAUUCAAUGGAAACCCUGAUAUGAAAAUGCAGAAGAACUGUAAAUAUGCUUGGCUAAUACUAAGGCUUAUCUGCUGUCAGUAUGAAAGCUACCAGUUUGGCAUUGUGCUACAGUAAAAGAAGUUUCACCUACUAUAAUAAUAAAAAUACAAUUGUCUACA